GGCUCUCGGCCGCCAGCUUGCUGAGCCGAGUUGAGCCGAGCGGAGCCGAGUAGGUAGAGGCCCCAAGUUCCGUGUUCUGCGUUCCAUGCAGCGUGCGACGACGGCAGGAGGAACGCAAGCGAGCAAGCAUCCGGUUUGAGGCAGGAAGCGACGAGGAAGCGAGCUUGAUGAUCAGAGGUGGAUCACUUCCGGUUUGAGACUUAAGCAUGGCGCUAUGGAGAGGGAGCGGUCGGCCCCUCACGGAGUGACCGUGCCUUUUGCCAACGCUUGGGAAGGACAACGAGAGCAGUCGUCGGACGUUGCCGUGGUGGUGUGAUGUGAUGGCGACACGCCGACAUGGAGCGGGACUUCACCUAGUCAUCCUUUGACCUUCAUUAACGUGCAUUGGAGGCCGCACUCACAAAAGCUCCCAACAUGGCCGCCGGCGGAAAGACACACCAAGUGCGAGACUUCAACCGUUUCAUCACCUGCUACCUUUGCGGGGGUUACCUCAUCAAACCCACAACCGUCACUGAGUGCCUGCACACCUUUUGUAAGAGUUGCAUUGUACAGCACUUUGAGGAGAGCAACGACUGUCCCAAAUGUGGCAUCCAGGUCCACGAGACAAACCCCCUGGAGAUGCUCAGGUUGGACAACACUCUGGAGGAGAUCAUCUUCAAGUUGGUUCCGGGCCUCCGAGAGCAGGAGGAGGAGCGGGAGCUGGCAUUCUGGAGGAACACCCAGUGCAGACAGAACCUCACAGCCGAUGCAGGGACGGGGAUUCCUGAUGUGACCGUUGCUGCCGCCGCCACCGACUACCACAGGAGCGACCCUCAGAUUGCCAUCUGUCUCGACUGCCUGCACAACUCGGGCAGCGCCAGCGAAACCAGCGUCACGGACCUGAUGAAGAAAUUUAUCCGCUGCUCCAGUCGCGUGACGGUGGGCACCAUCAAGAAGUUCCUCAGCCUCAAACUCAAACUGCCCAGCUCCUACGAGCUGGACGUGCUGUGCAACGGCGAGAUCAUGGGCCGAGACCACACCAUGGAGUUCAUCUACAUGACCAGAUGGAGGCUGCGGGCCGACAACACGUAUCCCAUGGUCCUGGAGUACCGACCGCGCAUCGACUUUGGAUGACGCGCAUGCUUACUGGGUGGAGUGAAGAUAUUUUUGUAGUGUUCACACACAAUGAAGAGUUUUUAUGCUCCAUAAAAAAUAUGAUACAAAUAAUAUAUAUGUAGGCGUGUGUGCAGACAUUUUUGUGCCUCAAACUUUCCUGAUUAAAUGUUUUUACUGUC